AUUUCUUAUGCAGUCAUGGUGCUGUUCCAGGGAAUUGCAUUGAGAGGACUUUUUAUCAUUGAUAAGGAAGGAGUGAUUCAACACUCCACCAUCAACAAUCUUGUGAUUGGCCGAAGUGUUGAUGAAACACUGAGAACUCCCCAGGCCUUUCAAUAUGUUCAGGAGAAGCCAGAUGAAGUAUGCCCAGCAGGAUGGAAGCCUGGGGAGAAGUCUAUGAAACCAGAUCCCAAGCUCAGCAAGGAAUACUUUGCUUCUAUAUAGGUAAAUAUUGAACUGAGAACACAACGGUAUUGUUAUUUCUUAAAUCGGAGAGGUUGUAAGAAAAUGUUUUUAAGGCUACUAUUGAGUUUUGGAUGUUGCUUUGCA